AUGGCCUAUUACAUCAGCAUCUCGCUCUUGUUUUGGGUGCUCCUCGGAGCUUCAGUGCUCUACGCAUUGACGGUCCCAGGUAGACGACGGAAAGGGUUGCCUCAUGGACCUCCGACUCUGCCUAUCAUUGGGAAUCUGCACCAGAUGCCCACUCGAAAGGCCUACAUCAAGUUUGCCGAGUGGGCCAAGCAAUAUGGCGACAUGUAUUCGAUCAAGAUCGGGUCGACAACAACUGUUGUUCUCUCCAGUCGAAGACUCGUCAAAGAAAUCUUGGAGAGACGAGGCGCCGUCACCGCAGGCAGACCAGCUUCCUAUGCUCUUGAAAAGCUCGUUUUCAGAGGCCAUUUCAUCACUAUCCAGCAACCCGACGCUCCUAUGUACCGCGUUUCCAAAAAGUUACUACAUCAAUACUUUGGAGAACCCGCGAUCGACAGGAGUCACCUGCGUAUCAUCAAUGCCGAAGCAACCCAGCUGAUCCGAGACGUUAUGGUCGAUCCGGACAACUUUCCUCACCAUGCCCACAGAUACGCUAAUAGUUUCACGAUGAGUGCGAGUGAGUCCUUCAUCCAUCUCUCCCUGGGUAUGACUCGCAAAGUGAGCACGACACUGACCGAUCUAGCCUAUGGCAUACGAACUCCAAGCCACGACACUCCUCAUUUGGUAGCAAUCACCAAAAUCACCUCGCAAACGGCGUCUCUCAUCGUCCCCGGAAGAUUACCACCCGUUGAUAUAUUCCCAUUCCUCAAGCUCGUGCCCGAACGCUUCCUGGGUAAUUGGGUCACCCUAUGUACAGAUUUGCAAAAAGCAAGCGACAAGCUAUAUACGUCUAUUCUUGGAGCGGUGAUGGAGCGCCGGAAAGCCAAAGGCCCGCAAGACACUUUCGCCGACAUAUGUAUCGACAAUAAGGAGUACGACUUCUCGUUUCAUGAGCUCAUGUACUUGACAGGAUCCGUCUUGGACGCAGGGACAGACACUACUUCGUCGGUCCUGAUCACACUGAUCCAGAUGCUCUGUGCCUAUCCGGAAAUUCUCAAGAGAGCUCACGCCGAGAUUGAUAUGGUAGUUGGCGAAGACCGAACCCCGAUAUGGGACGACUUCGCCAAGUUACCAUACAUCAACCAACUCAUAAAAGAGACGCAGCGCCUCCGCCCAGCUACACCUAUUGCAUUCCCUCAUAAAGCACUCAAAGAUAUUUGGAUCGACGGGAAACUGAUCCCCGAGGGGGCCACCAUUAUCGCCAACAUCACAGGACUUCAUUCAGAUGCCAACAAAUUUGAACGUCCUGGCGAGUUCAACCCCGACCACUACGAGGGAAUGACAAAGUUGGCUCAGGGUUAUGCUAAUAUUUCAGAUGAAAACAAACGAGAUCACUAUGUGUACGGCUUUGGACGUCGGAUUUGCGCAGGGAUGAAGAUCGCCGAGAGAUCAUUAUUCACUACCUUUUCCAAGAUGCUCUGGGCCUUUGACAUAUCUGCUCCCAAAGAUGAGCAAGGACGACUCGUGGAAAUGAACCUUGAUCCGAUGACGGGCUACACAGACGGCACUAUCGUCAUGGCCAAACCCUUUCAGGCCUGCAUCAAGGUCCGGUCUGAGCGGAGAAGGGAGACAAUUCUGAGGGAAUUUGACGAGGCGCAGAAAAAUAUAUUUUCCCAAUUCGAGGUGCCCACGAUGGAAGAGAGCAUCUCAACGGACUCGGAGCAUAAGAGCGCAGAUGGCAAUUGA